GGCGGUGUACACGAAUUUUUUAAUUUCUAGUAUACGGAGUAACGAGUAUGGCGACUAAUUCUGGUUAGUGUGAAGUUUACCUGUUGAUAAUCGAAUCGAAUUUGACUGAAAGGAACGUCGAAAAUUAUUCCAAUUGCAACGGGCCGAAUUGCCUUCUGCAAACAACUUGUCGAGUACAACAUUCUGCUCUAAUGAGGUGGUCAACAUUUUCAUACAAAACAAGUGUAACCAAACGAUGUACCAGAAUCUCAAGAGUUCGAAAAUUAGAAAAGACGUGUUGCCAUUAUUUAUACAUCUAGCAUAAGUUGCUGGAUAAUGGUAGCAAAUGCACUGUGAAGAAUCUGAUAAUUAAUGUUUUGUCAAAGUUUUCAUUCACGUGCAACGAGAUAAUUAAAAAUGUAAAGUAAUUGCUUCGCAUACCCAAGUAAUUAACUCUCUCUGUUUUUCUUUGGAAAAGAGUGCUUCAAAAAUUUCAUAUGAGAGAAUGGCAAUUCGCAUUACAUUAGAAUGUGGUCACGCAUCCAUGUUACGUAUGCGUACCACUCCUCAGGGUUAUACUCACGACUGGGAAGUGUUUGUGAGGGGUAUCGAUAAUGCUGAAAUACAUCACUAUGUGGAAAAAGUGGUUUUUCAAUUACACGAAACAUUCUCAAAACCAAAGAGGGUCCUGAAAGAACCACCAUUUGUGAUAAAAGAAUCUGGGUAUGCUGGUUUUGAGAUCCCCAUUCAUAUUUAUUUAAAGAACAAGGAGGAAGGUACCAAAAAGAUAGAAAUUUUAUACGACCUUGAUUUGCAACCAAGUGGUCCUGCUAUCACAAAUGUCACAAGGCAUACAGAAAUAAUUAAUAAUCCUUCGGAUGAAUUUAGACGGAAACUAUUAAAGGGUGGUGGUGUUGUCGUGACGGGUUCCGAAAAUUCGAUCGAAAAGAAUGAAACCAAAACUCCAGCAAUGCUUGGUAAACCAAAAUUGAGCGGAAGCGACUCGAAAAAGCACAAAAAUGUGGAGUCAAAAAUGUCAAAUUCGUUUGCUGAACUGUUUGGAACUCCCUUGAAACCCACGAAAGUUUCCCAGGAUGUCAAGAAGCCUGCACAGCCGGAGAAAUCAUCGGCUUCCAAACCGUUAGUUGCACCCGAGAAGUCCGAUAAGGUGGAUAAAUCUAAGCUUAAGGAUAGUCCUCAUAAAGAUAGUAAGAAAGACAAAGUGGAUGACAAAAAGGAUAAGAAGACCCGAGAUCAAUCGAAAGAGAAAAGUCGUAGCAAAGAGAAAUCAAAAAGGCCUGCUAGUCCGACAAAUAAAAGUCAUUCGAGUCCUUCGAAUAAAAGACCCCCAUCGCCUCCCCCAGCUCCGUUGAAGAGACCACCGAGUCCUUCUCUUCCUCCAGCGAAGAGGCCAGCUUCUCCAAAGGCCAAGGAGAAGGAGUUGAAGAAGCUAAUCGUGGAGAAAGAGAAGGACAAAACCAAGGAAAAAGAUAAGUCGAAGGACAGCUCGAAGAACGUCGCGGAUUCCUCGAAAAGCGAAAAGAAAAAGGACAAGAAAAAGCACAAGGAAGAUCGCGACAAGGAACGGAAGGAUAAGUACAAAGAAGGCGAACGAUCCGCCUCGAAGGAGUCCGUAAAGAUAAGCGAGAAGAAGAGCGAUAAACCGGAGAAAUCGGAGAAACCCGAGAAGGAGAAGAGCCAAGAGUACAAAUCGGCGAAAGAGGGUAGAAAGUCGCCGAAACCUCCCAAGGAGAACGAGAAACCAAAGGAAGAGAAAUUGUUGAAGACUGAGAAGUCGGAGAAGCCUGAGAAAUCCGACAAAACGAAAGAUGGCAAAAGCGAGAAGGACAGACAGAAACAUAAACACAAGAAGAGGGAUAAGAAGGAUAAACGGGACAGCAGUAAAGACAGGGAGAAGAAGGAGAAACGCGAGAGAAUAAAGUCGUCGUCCGAGAAACAAAAUAACGUGCCUAACUUAUUGGUAGAGAUGCCGGAAAGGGAUAGCAGCGACUCGGCACCAUCCGUGGACGACGAUUCCUUCACGGAAUCGAAGUUAGCGCCUAACGUUAAAAAGGAGGUGGAGAAUCAGACGGUAUCCACUCCUCCCACGGAAAUGGCGAAACCGCUGUCACCCGCGAUGCCACCGGAUAUCAAAAAGGAGAAGGUAGAUCGAAACAAGAAGGAGAAACCGAAGGGAAGCAAAGGCGAAGAGAAGGAAACUCGAAAGAGGAAACGGAGGAGCGAAAGCAAAGGCGACGAGGAGCACGUGGUUAAAAGAGAGAAGGACAGAGGUCAUUCUACGUCUCCUCCUUUGGAACCAGUCUCUUCGAGUCAAUCACCGGUCGUGGUGGAUCAGGAAACGGUCCACCCGGCGAAAGAUAAAGAGGAUCGUAAUGCGACUGAACAGAUUGUAGAGAAAAGUGCGGAGAUGGAGGCGGAACAAGUGGCUCCUGAUUCGACGAACAGCACCCUGGUAGACUCGGAUCUGGGAGAACCACCGGUGUUCUCGGAGGACUACGUGUCUCAAUUGAAGGACUUGCAACAGAAGAUUAUGACGUUGCAGGAUAACCAAGAGUUACAGCGAGUUGUUCAGGUAAUCGCGGAGACGGGUCAGUACGAGAUCACGAAGAAGACGUUUGACUUUGACCUGUGCGCCCUGGAUCGUAGAACGGUGCAGCGCCUGCAACAGUUCUUCGCGUCGUGACCGUCUGUAGCCUAAAUCAUGACACAUCCAUCGUUAUUACAUAUUAUUAAUCUAUGUAUUAAGUCACUAAGUUAUUUGAGCUUACAACGGAUACUUUCAAUAUUAAUAUGAGUCAUAUAUAUAUAUAUAUGUAUGUAUACAUAGGACCCCAGAAAGAUUCGCAGAUAUAUCCAUUGCCGUAACUAGCACCUUCAUCUGGGGUGGCUCUUUAGUUUUAUUUAUAGUUUUAAAGUUCCACAUCAGGUAUGACCAAGUGGCUUAGUGGGGAUUUUUAAAUUUCAUCCUUUGGAAACUGGGGGAUCUAGAAAUUGGACGAUUUUGGAAUCUGUUAAUUGGAAGUUAAAAGUCUGAAGAUAUCCUAAUUUCUAAAUAAAGUACAUCCGUACUAUAGUUUAGGUGGGGAGACUCAUCCUGGUUCCUAUCUAGUUACGCCAAUGGCUACACCUCCUUAACGAAAAGAGAAUAGGAGUUGGCUUUCGUCUGGGCAUAUUGUUCGAUCUGUCGUGUAUUUUUCGUUUCAUUCGUCGACCAGUCACUUUUGGUUGCGUUACAGCGGUACGCAGACGAUUUUGUAUAGAAAACAAGAAUUCUUUGUACGAAUCGUGAGACACGCGGCAUUGUUUUUUUUUUGUAAGUCAGGAUUCUUCGACGUUUCGAGAUUAGUUUAUUUUCUGACAUUCUUACAGGUUUGCAGCGUACGUUAUUUUUGUUAUUUUGUACAUAGAUAAUAUACAUAUAAUCUGUAUAAAGCACAGAUUUGGAAUUGUACAUUUUAAUCCUGUAACAUAGAGAAUUUUUUACCAGUUUCUCUGAGGAACAUCGGAACAUGGUCUACAGUGCAUUUAUUCGUGUUAUGUGGACACAGUAUAUGUAUAUGUAUAUAUAUACGUAUAUACAUGUAUUUGAUUUCUUGUAUUAUAAAUAUUAAAAAAGUUACGUUGAUUUCUACGGUAAUCGGGGUCGUUUGAGAAUUUUGUGCAUCACAUUGCCUUGUAACAUAGAUAUAUUCUUGAUAUCUCGUGGAGGAUUUAACGUGGGUUCGGCUAUCUGAACCAUAGAAAAGAAAAAAAAAAAGAAAAAAAAAAUACGAAAACACCUAUUAUAUUUAUUGAUAUUUUCAUACGCGUCGUGAUUAAUAUAAGAGCGAGCAAAUCGAUCAUUUGAUAAUUUAUAUCUGUUGGUAAACGUCGACGUACUUUUUGUAUUGUACACGUAACACUUGUAUAACGAAGUAGAUCACCGUUUGUGGUCUAGUAAAAUGCAAAAACUGAAAAAAAGCAACACAUAUUUCACACGCGACGAUCGUAUAUACUAUGCAACGUUUUUAUUUACUUGUACAGAAUAAUCCAUAAGUAUUAACAGCGACUUUGUGGUCGCUGGUAUUAAAUUGAAUAGAAUAGUUAAAAAAGGGUAAGCAACAUUGACACGUUACGGGAAACAGAAUAAGGGAUGCUUUUAUACUUAUUUUCGAGUCAUUGUUCAUUACUUUUCAUUUAAACACGUGUCGAUGUGUUUCUCUUAAUGUGAUGCAUUCGGGUUGUGUUCGUUUAAAACGAAAGGAUGAAUGUUCCAUAUCGCUGAAAAAGAAUCAUGUACCGCGCAAAUUAGAUAUUCGGUUCGCACCCUUUAAAUGUACGGAGGAAGAUAAACCAUAUUUUAUUCUUUGCUGUCGUGUAAAAUACAUCAUAGAACGAUCACGAUGUUGCGUGCAAUUGAUACACCAAAUAGUCUAAUGUUUUUUGAUAACGUUAUCUUAUAAAUAAUGAAAAUUGUACAUUAGAUAAGUACUGUGGUAGUUUGUAUAGUUUUUGCAGAAAGUUAUUUAUUAUACUCGAGAGAAACAAUACUUUGAAUGUCGAUCAAAGGAACUCGAAGAUCGUCAAGGAGACGCUAAUUAAUGCAGUAGACUCCCGGUUAUAUUGCCACGAGACGAGCGGACAAUACGGAAGUUGGCAAUAUAUCGAAACUUUCGGCUGUAUAACGCGACAACGUAUAACGCGAUUUGACCUUCUGUGUUCGGCAGUUUCCGUGAAUGCUCGUGUCCUACGGUGGGUGAGGAAGCACCCAAUUGCGUGAAAGUCAAUACAAAAAUUGCAGUAUAACAAGAGUCUACUGUAUACUCGAAAUGCAAUAUUUUCUUUGCAUUGCUCGUCUCGCCGAUCGUUUCCUACGACAUUCGAACGACGCUUUGCCAAAACUGUAGUAACAUUAAUUUUUCAAUGUUACGGGCAGGAGAUUGUGAUUAGAAAUUCGAGAUCGAUCGUUGAAACGUUUUAUUCGUUUGCGAAGCAAAAAUAUCCAAUUCCACGAAGUCUGUACCGUUUCUAUUGAUUUCCUUGAAAUCGCGACACCAUUAUGCUAUAAAUCAAAGAGAGUCUUUUGGAGAGCAAGGGCAUUACUGGAAACUGCAGGACAGUUGCAUUAUUAUACUUUAUCGGAACCAUUGGAUAAUUCAGCAUUGUUACGUCAAUUAACAACAGAUUUUUCGAAGAGAAGCGAAGCUUCUUUUGCAUUAUUUUCUUUUAACAAUAGAAAGUUUUAGAUACUCCGUUUCGUAGACUACAUUUGACCUUUCGCGUCAAGAGAUACAUUUGCAAUUUUAUCACUAGCGUGAUAGCGUAUUACGCGACGUGGUGCAGUUUUAGCAACGAGAACGUUAACGAGAGAUUUUCUAGUAGAAUGUUAUUGCAUUAUCAUGUCCGUUGUUUUUUAUCGUUAGAAAUUUUUUUGAUACACGUACGCGGAUACGUCUUCGUACUUUUUUGAAUGUGUGUGCGUGAGCUAUAAUUUUCACUUUUAUUUUUGUUUCCUAGACACUACAUGUUUUACAGACGAGAUAUUGUAUAUUUGUUUGUUUAUCUGUUUGUUUGUUGCAUGCUCGAGUUUCGAUUAGGCGUUAACUUUCUUGUGGAGUGUCGUAUACGUGUCCGGAUUGGCUCGUAUCGAAGUCAUACACGAUUACCGAGCGUUUGAUAGACUAAUUGUAUAAAGAAUGUGCACAAUUGCGCGAACCGGGAGAUUAACCGAGGAUUGUCACUGAUAUGUACAUAGUAGAUAACGAAUAACUGCGUAUAAUUAAUCAUGACCUACGAGAAUAUAGUACAAGACAGUACUCCUGAAUUGAUAUGCCAUUCGGUGUACAUUUAUACGUUCAGUGUACAUUUAAUGAGUACCUUUGGUGAUUAAUAAACAUCUCAUAUAACUGUGCCUCUAUCAAACAUGCAUUACGAUAUUCUACGAACUUUAUCAAGCUAAAAAUUACUAUCCGAAUUGCAAAAAUUUUACUUUUUUCAAAACGCUCUCUGUUGUUGCUCUAUCUGAGAUCUGACGCGUUUAAAAAUUCAGACUUCUUUAGAAAAAUGUUACCACAUAGUGUGCCAAUUUUAAAAACAUCUGGUCAAAAGCUUCAUAUUUGUAUCUGCACCUUACCUUUGUCCUUUUUUACUUGCAAUUUCUAUUAAAAAUUUCGAUGCUGAAUACAUUGAAAAUAUUGUUAAUUUCUUUUGAGAACAGGAAUCGAGUCGCUGCUGGUACUCCACGACUGGUGAGUUGUGUAUUUUAUUUCUCUAUAUUAGUUGAUUCAACAUUAAAAUUACCGUGAAUUGAAACAACAUUAACAUUUCAUUGCAACAUUUUAUUAGCGUAAAAUUCGAUUUAUCCACAUCAAAGAAUCUUGCCAAUUAUCGCCAAACAGUGUUAGAUUCAAAUAUUUAACGUUAAAAUAUAUUAUAAAUUUAAAAUUUGUUACAACAAAAAGAAGACUUUUCUUUAACCUUCAACUAUCGAUGCUCAGAAAUUGUGAAACACAGGGCCACUUUAAUUUAUAAUUUAUCAAUUCAGCACUUAAUUCGAUACUCACCUUUUCCAGAAAAAUGAAAAAUAUCGUUGAAGGUGAAAGCUUUCCAAAUUCUACCAAAAGCCUGUAUAAUAACGCAUACCAUAUUACAGCAGUUUAUUGGGUCUUGUGUAAUAUAUCGUACAACGGAGUAACAGAGUUAAAUUCCUCACGAAUCUCUGUACAAUUGACCAUCAUCGCAGUAACAUUUGUGCAAUUUCGAUAAAUAAUUUCCGAUCCCCGCGGUGUCCAUUUUGGCCAUGCUUCGCCGAUCUCGCAACGACAGGUUCUAUGAGAGUCCUUCAUGCAAUACAUCGUAGCUCAAUCCCCACGCACGGCGUUGUAAUUAAUAUA